GUGGCGCUGACACCCACCUCUUGGCUAUCUCCACUAUCCCUGCAGUAGUGUGGAGCCAGAGCACACAAGAGCACUAGCAGCAGCAGCGACCCUGCAGCCCGCCGGAUUCACUGACUAGCAUCAUCCCGACAAGAGAGAGGGAGAGAAAGAGAGAGAGAGAGAGAGAGAGAGAGAGAGAGGCUGGGCAGUCCCUUUCUGUCUGUUCUUUGCCUUCACAGAGCAUGCACUCACUUCUCUGAUGAGUGAAUGUGUGUGAGUGAGCGUGAGCGAGAGAGAGAGAGAGAGAGAGAGAGAGAGAGAGAGAGAGAAACAGACAGUGAGAAGGAGAGGACGCUGAGUGAAAGUGUGAUACAGGGUGAAUUCUAAAGAGCAGAGGAUAUGAGAGCACCGCUGGCGUCCUGUGUGUGAUUUUUUACCGGUUGGACAGUUUCAUCGCAGAAGCCACUAGGUAUUUGGUUCUCUACUGCAAGCCAACAGAUUCUGCUGGAUACAGGUGAAUUUCGUGAAUAAUCCACUAGCAUUCCAGCCACUCUGAAUGUUGGUUCAUCAAUGUCCUCCAGAAAUUCCCCACCAUUCUGCCUGGGAUCUAUGGACCAUUUGUCUGACUGACGUCCCUUGUGGAAUUUAGCAGAGAAUCUCCCCACUUCAAAGAUCUUCCAAUGCUCACAGGGAACUGCUGGUUGCUGUUCCUCUGGUGUAUGUUGGACAAAGGCUUCGUCGCUCCCCUUCGCUCUCCGUCCCACGGCAGGAUGGGGAAGGAGCACCAGCGGAGCGCGACGGCCCUGAGGAGGCAGGGGAUCUCCGGAGUUCAAAGGGUUAAGAGAGGAUGGGUGUGGAACCAGUUCUUUGUUCUGGAAGAAUAUAUGGGUUCAGAACCACAGUAUGUUGGGAAGCUCCACACUGACAUGGACAGGGGAGAGAGCAUGGUGAAGUACACGCUGUCCGGAGAGGGAGCGGGCUCCAUUUUCACCAUAGAGCCCACGACCGGAGACAUCCAUGCCUUAAGGAGCCUGGACAGGGAGGAGAAGCCUUAUUAUACCCUACGAGCCCAAGCGGUGGACAUGCGCACCGGCCGGCCGCUGGAGCCCGAGUCCGAGUUCGUCAUCAAGGUGCAGGACAUCAACGACAACGAGCCCAGGUUCCGGGGCGGCCCGUACGCGGCCUCUGUGCCGGAGAUGUCACCCGUAGGCACUUAUGUGACCCAAGUGACAGCGAGCGAUGCUGACGACCCCACCUAUGGAAACAGUGCCAGGAUCGUGUACAGCGUCAUCCAUGGGCAGCCAUACUUCUCAGUGGAUUCAAAAACAGGGAUUAUCAGGACAGCUUUGCCAAACAUGGACCGGGAGGUAAAAGAAGUUUACCAGGUCCUGAUUCAAGCCAAGGACAUGGGGGGCCAGCUGGGGGGGCUGGCAGGGACCACCACCAUCAACAUCACCCUCGGCGACGUCAACGACAACCCCCCCAGAUUCACCAAAAGUAUCUUUCAUCUCCGCGUCCCAGAGUCCUCUCAUGUUGGGUCAGCCGUGGGCAAGAUCGUUGCUCAUGACCUAGACCACGGGAAGAAUGCCCAAGUGGAGUACAGCAUCGUUCCUGGGGACGGAGGCACCAUGUUUGACAUUGUCACCAAUGAACUCAACCAGGAAGGCAUAGUGAUCCUGAAAAAGCGACUGGACUAUGAGACCAGAAAGGCAUACACUUUCAAAGUGGAAGCUUCUAAUGUGCACUUGGACCCUCGGUUCCUGUUCCAGGGGCCGUUUAAGGACACGGCGACGGUGAAGGUGAACGUUCUGGACGUGGAUGAGCCCCCUGUGUUCAGCAAGCCCCACUACAGCAUGGAGGCCUACGAGGACACACCUGUGGGCAUCAUUGUAGGCGCAGUGAGAGCACAGGAUAUGGAUGUAGGCAACAGUCCAAUUAGGUAUUCUCUGGACUGGAACAGGGAUUUAGAGCAUGCAUUUGACAUUGACCCAGUGGAGGGACUUAUCACAGUCAGUGAGUUCCUGGACCGGGAGACUGUAGCACAACACAACAUCACAGUUGUUGCUACUAAAGUUAACAACCCACUACUGUUUAGUAUGGCUGGUGUCACAAUUACCGUGCUGGAUGUCAACGAGUUUGCCCCUGAGCUUGUCAUUCCACCUGAGACAAUUGUUUGUGAAAAUGCCAAAGUUGGCCAGGUGAUCCAGACGAUCAGUGCACAGGACAGAGAUCUCUCUGCAAUGGGUCAGAGGUUCUACUUCAAGGCACUCAAAGACGUACGGAAUAGGAACUUCACCAUACGGGACUUUGGAAACAACACGGCGGGCAUCGUGGCGCGGCGCUCUGGCUUCAGGCGGCAGCAGCAGCGCUGGUACGCCGUGGCCGUGGUGGUGGAGGACGGCGGCUACCCGGUGCUGAGCAGCACGGCCACGCUGUCGGUGCAGGUGUGCUCGUGCCGGGCCGGCGGCGCGCUGCUGUCGUGCAGCGCCGAGGCCGUCUUCCUGCCCGUGGGCUUGAGCACCGGCGCGCUGGUGGCCAUCCUGCUUUGCGUCGUCAUACUGCUGGUGAUUGUGGUGCUCUAUGUGGGCCUGAGACGGCAUAAGGACAAGGAGGCCCUCAUGUCCUCCAAGGAAGACAUCAGGGACAACGUGAUCCACUACGAUGACGAGGGAGGGGGCGAAGAGGACACGCACGCCUUCGACAUGGGAACUCUCCGCAACCCCAAGGCUGUGAAGGAGACCGCACUCCGACGGGACGUCAGGCCAGACGGACGCUCUCUGUCGGACCUGGCCCGCGCCUCCACCGCAGCCGCCGAGGACAGCGAGGACAUCCGCACGUACAUCCACCAGCGGCUCAUGGAGAACCACGCCAGCGGCUCCACGCCGCCGUAUGACUCACUGGCCACGUACGCGUACGAGGGGGAGGGCUCGGUGGCCGAGUCCCUUAGUUCCAUUGAGUCAUGGGGCGGGGACCCCGAGGAGGAGUUCAAGUGCAUCAGUGACUGGGGCCCACGCUUCAAGAUGCUGGCAGGCCUCUUUGAAGAGCAGGAUGCACAGGCCACAGAGGUCAGUGACAACAAAGACUCUCACUGACAAGAUGUUUUUUUUUCUGACUAUUAUUCUGUUUGUUUGUUUGUUUGUUUGAGGGUGCCAUUGUGACAUUUCAAGGAACACAACAAAAACAAACAAAACAAUAUGACAAUACCAAAACAGACUUUUUUUCUGGUUUUGAUUUCCCCCAUAUUGUUGGUCCUUUUUUUUGGUUAUCUCUCUCAUUCUCUCUGUUUCUGUGGAUUGGGGUCACCGUAGUCUGGAGUGAAAGUCACAUUCUGAAACAUUGUAGACGUUGUCAUUCGUUAGUUGUUUAUAUUUGUCAAAAAAAAAAUGAGAUAGUAGGGUGUCUGUUUUUUUGGAAUUCUCAGUAUUCCUUCUGAUAUCUCAUGAAGUGCCUCAGGAACGGUUGUUUUGUAACUCUAUGCUUUGCUUCAUCAAUUCAGAAGGCCUGCAAAAUAUAUGAAUAGUGUAUGUAGCAAACUCACAAGUCCUAGACAACAACAGAUCUGUCAAAUGGAAAGAAAGGACACUGUGCUCAUUACCUCCUACCCCUCAGUUUGCCAAAACACAGUGGUCAUCAACUAUUUGUAAGUGUACAAUGAAUUUAAGUGAAAAUUUGUAAUACAGAUAAAUAAUUAAAAAAAAUAUUAAAUGGAAAAAGCACAAUUACUGUGUAUGAAGUUGCUACAUAAAGUGUCCUCAACCUGGUCACAGUCGAGUUCUACCACCUCUGCAUGGUUUUAAGUAGUUUGAGGCUGAAAAAUAAAAUGGAGGAGUUUCUUGGUUCAUUAA